CAGCGCGCGGGGGGCGGCUUGUUCCCGUCCGCCCCAAUCGGCCGGACAGCCGUCCGUCUGCUUGCGGGCUCGGUCCGGAGGCGCCGAGGAACUGGGCGGCCAUCUGGCGGAGCGCUCAACCGACUCCGCGCCGGGACAGAAGCCCUCCUCUUUGCUGCUGGAGUUUCGCGGCCACCAGGCUCCGCGACGCUCCCGGGGGCCGGGCAAGGCGGGGCGGGCGGAGGCGCGCCAGGAAUGUGCAGAGCGAGCGGCAGCACCUUCUGGCUUUCCCUCCGCCGCCGCCGGCUCGCUUCGCUGCCCGAGUUCUCUCGACUUCCCCUCCGUGGCUGCCCUGGGUGGAGCCUCGCGCUCGCUCCGAGGUGAAUCAGGCGCCGGGAGCGCUGGGGGUGGGGACGAGCCCGCCCAGCGCCGGCCAGCCCCAGAGCCUCGGAACGCGGCGGCAGCGGUAGCAGCAGCAGCAGCAGCGGCCAAGCCGCCCCCUGUCCAGGAGGAGCAGCCGCCGGCCGGCCCCAAGACCCCAGGAAGGUAGGAGAGGCUUCUGCUGCCAUGGCUCGCCGGUCACAGAGCUCCUCCCAAGGGGACAACCCUCUGGAUCCCAACUACCUGCCGCCCCACUACAAGGAGUACUACCGGCUGGCGCUGGACUUGCUGGCAGAGGAGGGCAAGGAGAGCUACCACCGGUUUCUGGCGGAGGAGGCGGCCCCGGACUUCCUUUGCCCCUCGGAGAUCGAGCACAUCACGCAGCACCUGCAGAAGCCGCAAUGCACCUCUCAGGAGGGAGGCGGCAGCACGGACUCCGGCCCGCCGGACGCGGACACGGACGGUUCCUCAGGCACUUACUGGCCAGUGAACUCUGACCUGGCCGUUCCAGAGCUGGAUCUGGGCUGGCCAAUGGUCUUUGGGUUCCGGGGAACAGAGGUGACUACUUUGGUACAGCCCCCACCCCCGGAUAACCCCAGCAUCAAGGAGGAGGCACGCCGAAUGAUUCGGGCUGCACAGCAGGUGGUUGCUAUAGUAAUGGAUAUUUUCACCGAUGUGGACCUCUUGAGCGAGGUACUGGAUGCGGCUGCACGCAGAGUUCCCGUCUACAUCCUCCUUGAUGAGAUGCAUGCCCAGCUCUUCCUGGACAUGGCUGCCAAAUGUAGAGUGAACCUCAACUUUGUGGAAUUCCUACGUGUGCGGACAGUUUCUGGCCCCACCUAUUACUGCCGCACGGGGAUGUCCUUCAAGGGCCACGUGAAGGAGAAGUUCUUGCUGGUGGACUGCAUGGUGGUGCUGAGUGGCAGCUACAGCUUCAUGUGGUCGUUUGAGAAGAUCCACCGGAGCAUCGCUCAUAUCUUCCAGGGUGAGCUGGUGGCCAGCUUCGACGAGGAAUUCCGCAUUCUUUUCGCCCAGUCGGACCCGCUGGUUCCUCCGUCCAACGUUUUAGUGAGGACAGAAGCCCCGGUGGGGCCCUACAGCAUGGCCCCCUUUGGCAACAACAUGCCCUUCUUUUCAAAGAAGCCGCACCUGCUUUUCCCCCGAGAGGACAACCUUUUCCCGCCUUUCACAGACCGGAUUGACCCAGACAGGUAUUUCCUCUCUUCUUUGAGAAGAGACGACAUGCUGCGUCACACCUUAGAGGGUUCGGCCAUGAGAAUGUAUUCCAAAAAAAUGGAAAUGGAGAAUUGCCAGGUGGACCCUGUUCGGGGCUACCUCCGUUCCAAGCAGCUGGAGAUGGACUCAUUUAAAAGGCACAGCUUCGCGGAAGGCACCUUUGAGAACUUUCAGUCCACAAAGCAGUUUUCUAAGCAGUUGUUCAUGAACAAUUUGGACGAGUUUAAAAUUCAGUCCAGUCAUUUUCAAAAAGAUCAGUUUUAUCAGUAUCAGUUUGAACAUCCCCAUGGGGCUCACAGGCCCCAGGGUCUUUUUGAAAGAAUUCGAGGAAGCAGACUGGGAUUCAAUGAACCAGAAGAUUAUGCAGAUGGAUUUAGGUGUCCAGAACUGGAACCCAAUUUCCCACCAGAUGGGUACCCACUGCGGCUGGAUUAUGUGCCUUCCAAUUCUUCUAAAGAAGUGCGACACGGCUCUGAUCACCUGAAUCCAGGAGGAAACGGUCUCCUCGGUCUUCCCUCGCUCAGAAGGCAGAACAUGGGGCAGAACUUUAUGUGCCAGACAUCUCCCACACAGAAGCAGAGCAUGGAGCAGAGGCUUUUCCUGCACGACCAGGGCCAGGAGGCAGAGCAAGACAAGAAGGUUCAGGAGAACAGGGCAGGGUUGCGCAACUGGAGAAUUUCCUCCUACCUCAGCGGGUAUCAAUCUGACCCGGGAGAGGAAGGCCUUCCGUUGAUGCCAGUCGAGUCGGAGAUGCAUAACGAGGUACUUAGCCCUCCAGAACCCUUUAGCAAGUAUCCCAGCGACCUCCUCCCCACUUUCAAACCUCCGCUUCCACUUCCAAAUGCCAAAGACAUUUCUGGAAUGGAGAGAUUGCCAGAAGAAACCUCAGUGGUGAAACAGGAUCCCUUCAGGAGCAGAAUAAAUCCCUUAAUCCAGAGGAGUUCGCGACUGAGAUCCUCCCUUAUUUUUAGUGCUGCCAAAUUAGACCAGCCAAACUCAUCUGCUGAGAAAGUCCAAAUGGUACAAAAAGAGGAGACCUCCACCGAGGCAGUCAAGGGCACUGAAACCCUAAAAGCCACCACUGUCUCUAAAGUGGCCGAGCUGCUGGAAAAGUACAAGUCAGUGGGCAAAGACUCGCAAAGCCCCACCCUCAGUCACACCAAGGCUAUGUCUGCCUUUCUCCAGGAGGAAUCCCAGAAUGCAGAAAAAAAGUGCACCAAGUCGGUGCAGUACAAGAUUCUGGAGAGCCAGGUGCGGGAGGACUCCAAAGACUCCUUCAGCCCCUACAAGCUGCACCUGGAGUCAGAGGAGCAAUUUAGGGGGUUUGCCUCAGCCACCGACGUACUUAGCAAGGACCCCAUGGCCCACGGGAGCAAUAAAACAGACAAGCUUGCUUCUCGAUUCUACCCAGUAGACCAAUCCAGUCUUCCAGGGAACGAGAGCCUAAUAUUUGUGGGAGAAACUCCGAAACUUGCCAUACCAGAGAAGAAGGAAAACUUGUCUUUCAAAGGAGGAGACGGGUCUGAAACUGAAGGCCAGAAGCCAGCACAAGCCCCAGUCAGCACCAUCUCCUCCAAGAACCAGGGCUCUGACAGCUCUCUCAGUAAGCCCCACGAAGAAAUUUGCAAGCAGGAACAGAGUCCGAGAGAGUUUUUUAGGAAAGGAUCUCUCAAGCUAAAGCAGUUGCUAAAUCCCAAAGCUGAGAAAAAAACAGACGAAGAAACAGGCCCGGAGAGCUGGAAGCCAGAUAAACUGAACGCAGGAGCCCUCAAGCGAAUGUCCAGGAGUGAUUCUCAGGAGAUUAUAGAGGAGGAGAAAUCACCCAAACUGGCCUCACCCGUGCCUGUCUACAAGGUGAACCCAGCGCCUCAGCCUCGACUGCCCUCCGCCACUGCCAACGUCCUGUACAGCAGCAACCUCCGAGACGACACAAAGGUCAUUCUGGAGCAAAUUUCGGCCAACAGCCAGAAGAACCGGGCAGAAUUGGCCAGGCAGCUCCCAGCGGCCAGCAAUCCUGAGCUGUCCAGGUCCGCCACAAGUUUAGACCGCAGAGGGGAAGAGAGGUACACAGGGGUCAGCAGGUCAGAGAGCUUUGGGAGCCAUAAGCGGGGCCUGCAGAGGGAGCCUUCCGAGGACCGGGAUUCUCUUCUGAAGCGGAUGGAGAGCAUGAGGAAGGAGAAGCGAGUCUACAGCCGCUUCGAGGUUUUCUGCAAGAAGGAGGAACAAAGCGAGGAGGAAUGUGAGACAGACGCCAAAGACAAGAAGAUGGGGAAGUUCAUGCCAAAACUCCUGGGGUCCUUCAAAACCAAAAAAUGACUUUGAGGCAGCUGCCUGGGACCAAGGUUCGUGGCAGGUCUUCCUCUGCAGACCUUCCAUUUCCAAGCCUUUUCUAGCAGCAGGACAGCUGGGCUGGGGCUGGGGGAGAGAGGAAAGGGGGGCCACCAAGCAGGAUUAAAUGACCACUGGGGGUAUUAAGAGGCUAGCAUCCCAUUAGAGGUUAACUUUUUUUGGAAGGGAUGGAGAUUAGUCCCACUCUUAGGAACUCCCUCCAGGUAUGAGAGAAAAAAACACCCAUGUGAACGAAGAGGAAGCAUUUGGCAACACAACUGCUUUUUGUGCAAAUUCCAAGAACCCCAUUCUUAGUGCCCAGCUCAGGGCAAUCGUCCUGGGCCACUGCCUCUCAUCUUUUGCCUUUGCAUGGGACAUUUUCUUUGUGGGAACACUCCAUCUGCGGUAGAGGGAAAGAGGCAGGAAGGAAUCCACGAGGGAAGGUGAAAUCCACACAGAAAAGCACAGAGGUCAUCUGGUCCAUUAGAACAGGGCUUCCCAAAUCUGGGUAAAUUAUCCCAAAGUGGGUAAAAGUGUUUUUUUCUUUAGUAACGGCACACAACCCGAUUACCCAACUGCAACGGGGUCAUUUAAAUUGACUUAAAAGUGGUUUACUUACAUUGGGUAAAAAGGACUUUCUGAUAGGCAGUUUUGGAUAAUGAAAGCAAAAGUUUGGGAAGCCCUGCAGGAGAACCUCUUUGCUAGAUGACCAUCUUGCUGGAAGACCUCCAGUAAAAGAGAAUUUCCCUCAUGGGGCAGCCUGUUGUACUCACUGACGUUCCCCUGAACUGCCCUUGUUCUUUGAGCAUGCUGGUUCUGGCCCUGUCCUCCGAGAGCCCUUCAGACAUGGGGAGGCUGCCAUCGCAUCUCCCUGCUGUAGGCUAAGCAUGUCCAGCUCUCCCACCAUCCCUGCUAGACCUCUGGCACCCAGGGUGGGUCAGAGCCCUCCAGAUGGGGCUUGGCUAGGGCAGAGUAGAGUGCGAUGUUCACUUCUUGGGAUUUGGACUUUCAUGUGGCUGUAAAUUCAUCCAGGGUAGCAUUUGCCUGCUUAGCAGCUGCUCAUGUAUGGUUGAUGAGGACACCCAGACCCCUUUCACACGUACUAUCGAGUCAUGCUUUCCCCAUCCUAGACUAGUGCCUUACACAUUUCCUAGACUAGUGCCUUACAUAUUGAAAACUGCCUUACAAUGUUCAAGCUGCUCUAGACCUUUUUGAGUCUUCUCUUCUUUCUGCAAACUUGGUGACUACCCAGACGAUGAUUCCCUCCUCCAAACCCUCGAUAAAAAGAGCCCUGUGCCUCCACCCCUCACCCCACUGGAGGGUUAGGACUGGGUGAAACUACUGUAAGAUGGACUCGCCAUUGGCUGUGAUUGUACCCAAAAAAGCGCUUUCUAAUGGAUGUUCUCCAGCUUGGAAGGAAGUCUCAAGUGAAGAGUGUCUAGAAAUACUUUUGUUGAGAUUCUGGUUCACGAUGUCUGUAAGAUUCCCCUCAUCUACUAAGCCAGGAACUCUAUCUGGGGUUAUAGUCUGGGAUAAUUUCUUUGUGAGACACCCCAUCACCACCUCCCGCUGGCUCUUCUUAACUAUUGUAUUUCUUUCUCACAAAUGGUCUAUUUGGUCAAGUAGUUUCUCAGGCCCUUCUCCUUCCCUUUUUGAAGGUGGGACUUAAUAAUAGAGUAAGAGUUGGAAGGGACAUUGGAGGUCUUCUAGUCCAACCCUUUGCCCACACAGGAGAACCUAUACCAUUCUGGACAAAUGGUUAUCCAGUCUUUUCUUAAAAACCUCCAGUGAUGAAGCCCCCACAACUUCCCAAAAACAAGCUAUUCCACUGAGUAACUAUUCUCAUUGACAGGAAAUUUCUCCUUAAAAUUUGACCUCCUCCAGUCUUCUGCAACCUCACCAGUCCUCCCGAAGUCGUCAGAGAUCACCAAGAGGGUUCUGCAAUUGCCCUCAACACCGAAGAACAUAAUCCACAUGUGGGUCUGGAUACCUCAUUCAAGAUAACCUAAUUUCCUUCUUGUCCUCAUCUUUGGGGUCGGGGCGAGGCAACCAGAACCACUUGAGGGGAGGCCCAAGUGGGCAUUUUCCUGAUCAGCUGCUAUUACAAGAAUUUUGCCAGACUUCCCUUGGGAAACCACAGGUGUUUCCCUCUCCCGAAGAGACUCUAAACUGGAAUGUCUCUUUACUCCCCGAGAAAGAGGGAUGAACCUCUCCACUCAGCUGACGGUUUCACCGCAUUUGUCCCGAGAUUCAGCUUCCUCGUAGCCAUAGCGCCAUUUCUAUUCUGGGGAAAGAUGCAAAGUAAGAUGGUCCCUUUGCACCAUCAGCCUUAAGCAAUUUCUUCUUACAACAGGCCUACAUUCUGUUGGGCUUUAUUUUUUUAUGCAUUUAUUGUUCCUCUUUCCAUGUUUUGCAUGCGUCUCUUUUUCUCUUCAGCAGUUGAAAGAACUUCUGUAACUCUGCUGACCUCCUCAGAUUUUUGUCCCCAUUUUUCUUUGGUUGGAUUAUUUCUGACGGUCCCUUACAGAAUCCCAUUGCUUAGAAUUCUUCUCAUCUUUCUUGGAUCGUUUGCUCCUUCAGGAUUUCAAGUGAUUGGAUCUCACCUAUCUUCCCUUGGAAUUUGGAUAAGUCCUUCCAAAUUUUUCUCUUUUCAGGUCCCCUUCCAGAAAUUACAAACUCAGAGGUAACAUUAUAACUUGGCCUAAUGUUUCAGUUAGCUCCCCUUCCCUCCUAUGGGGAGAGGGCUAGGGCUGGGACAGCAGGCCUCCUUGUUCGUUUUUCUGAUGAGUGAAACGCUCGGGAAAACAGGGCAAAGGUUUAUUCGACAUUCGAUUUGGCAAAUUCCCCCACUGACACCAGGGCAACCGAAGUCUCCCACUCUUACUGACAGUCAUAGAACUGGGGGCUGGAAGGGGCACCCCACCUUUCCAGUCACCUUCCCUAGGAUGCCCUUUUUGUGUACCUGAAGCCUGAUAACCUGGUUUUUCCUCCUCCUCCUCCUCCUCCUCCUCCUCCUCCUCCUCCUCCUCCUCCUCCUCUAUGGAUCUCUGCAUUUUGUCACCCUCCUCUGAACGCCUUCUAGCCUGUCAGUAUUCUGGAUACCCUGGUCCGUAAUCACUUGCUUUUGUGAUACGGUCUCGCCAGGGCAGAGUAGAGAGAGGGCAUUCCUAUGGCUAGCUCUUGAUUUUCAGUAUCCUGCAAUUUCUUCUUGCACCACGAUUCCCAGCAAUGGUUGAAGGGAAAAAAAGAAGAAGAAAAAACCUCUACCUGCGUCCAGAACUUUUCCCUACUUUGCUCCCACAAGCUCAUCCUCUCAGCGAGAACCGGCCUGGACAGAGCCGCUGUCCGCAGUCCAAAGGCUCCAGUUUAGACAGAGCUCCUCAGGGGAGAUGGACGGGCUACCGCCCCGAUUCAAGAAGGCUGCUCUGCAGGUAGAAGAUGAGGGGUCACUUCCAGCCCAUCUCACUGCUUCCACUGGAGAGAUGGAGGAUGACCAGCGAUCCACGGCAUGCCUGAAACCAGGCCAUGCAAACAGUCCAAGCCCCAUCCACGGGAUGCAGGCAGCAUAGGAAACCAUGCCCCCCCCCCCCGUCCUGCCUGUGGAAAACCCUCUCUCCACAGAACUGGUCCCUGGAGCCCAAAGGAUUUGGGGGGGGGUCGUGGCCCUAGGAUAGAGAAAGCAUCCUGGAGUGUGUGCAGGCAGGUGGCUCUGGUGCGGGCCGAGGAAAGUGUUGCCAUGCAGUCCGAGACAGAAUGGGAGGACCUGCUUGCACCCGACCCAGAGGGAGCUGCAACAUCCCUCUCCACCCUCCUUUGUGGGGCAUGAGAAGAGGGCCCCAGGCUUCCUUCCUGGGUUGGGGGGCAGGGGAGCUGCAUGGGAUCAUUCCCAGGGACCUCUGGUACAGACGAGAGCGCUACCUGCUUUCUCCUCGGGCUAAGGGCUAGGUAAAAUGAACAGGGUCCUGUAAAGAAAUGUUAAAGGGCAUUUCUUUACUUCUGUUGCCUUGUUUGCCCUUGCGAGGCUGGAAGGAAUAUCAGGUAGGGCUGUCACUCGCAAUUCAUGGGCUUGCUGGCUGUGGCAGAAACAGCGAAGUGGCCACAAUUGGGCCUCCUGUGCCCAGUCUUGGCACAUGACUAGGAAUGUCUGAGAGUCUUCAAAAAGAGAUGGGAAAACUCCUGGACGUAGUCAAAUUAAACAGUUGUGAAUUUGAUGCACAUCUCUCACGGUAUUAGCAAGACCCACAAAGGACAUUAGCGGGCAAUUUAGUUAGGCCAUUAAAAUCUUAAUAGAGCUCUUUAUUCAUUUUCCGCUUUGUCCAUUCCUUUGUGACUUAGCAUCUAAUGCAAACCCAGUUUUUUAGUUUAUGGUUCAAUAUAUUGCUAUUAACCAGAAGACUGGUUAAUUCAGUCUCCAAAUGAGGCAUGUGAACGCCAUCCUGACCUUCCCAAUAUCUUAAUACCUCCCUUGAGGGAAAGUGACCUAAAUUAUUGCUGUUUUUUCCUUUCUCAUACACACACACACACACACACACACACACACACACACACACACUCCUCCCAACUGGUCUGGUACAUGGUAUACUAAUGUUUGUUGCUCCACUUCAAUACUAGGUCAAAGAAGGUGAGACAAAGACUGAGACUGAGGAUCUCAACCCAUUGAGAACUUUAGGCCAUCCAGCUGCUGUACUACCUCUAUGAGCAAAACCACUUGCCCCCAGAGCCAGCCACUGAAGGCCAAGCGCUAGAUAUUCCUGGAAAAGCUGUUCAGCAGUGGAAUCACUUCCCCAGAUCUCCUCCCUUCCUGGAGGCCUCCAAAUGGGGCUGGUUGGCCACCUCUCCAGAGUUAUUUGGAGGGCUUCCUAAGGCAUUCCCCUCCCCCAAUGCAUUCAUUCUGUAGCCCAGUCUUGUGUUGGACUUGCCAAAAUCAUCAGUUGACCCUCAUUGACUGUGCCGGACCUUUGGUGCAACCUAUUUUCAGGGCUCCUUGGGUAGUCUCAAUACUCUAGUGCUGAUUAAUUGGGAUUUUUCAGAUAACUUAGGCUAAAUUACCACUUUAUAAGUACUGAGAGAAAGCCAAGGGUGUCGGCCAAGGGGCCGAGACCCAGAGAUAGUUACCUGAAGAAUUCCCUUGCUCAGGCCAUCGUUUCAAGUGCCAGUCUUGUUCCUCCUGAUUAUGUAUCACCCCGAUAAAACCUGUCCAUUACUUUGAAAUCUGCUUUCAAUUGGGCAGUUCUUAAAUCUCUGAAAAAGGGGCUGCAGAAUUGUUCUAAGAGUAUUUGGGGAAAAAAGAUAGCUCAUUGGGCUUGAAGCAAUCAGUUGCCUAGAGGGCUAAUAAUUCUGCUUAAAGCAGUUAUAAGUUCUGUGACUGGAAUAAACUAUGCAAAUGUACAUACA